CCUACAGAGGUUCCUGCUGCAGCGCUGUUUCCGCCGCUUCCAUGGGCUCAACUCCGCACUGACAGCAUGGAGGGUCGGGAUGCUCCUCUUGGGCCUUACCGGGCCACCAAGCUGUGGAAUGAAGUAACCACAUCUUUUCGAAUAGGAAUGCCUUUAAGAAAACAUAGACAACAUUUUAAAAAAUAUAGCAAUUGUUUCACUGCAGGUGAAGCAGUAGAUUGGCUUUAUGAUCUAUUAAGAAGUAAUAGUAAUUUUGGUCCUGAAGUUACAAGACAACAGACUAUUCAAUUAUUGAGAAAAUUUCUUAAAAAUCAUGUGAUUGAAGACAUCAAAGGUAAAUGGGGAUCCGAAAACCUUGAUGACAACAAUCAACUAUUCAGAUUUCCUGCAACUUCUCCAUUUAAAACUCUUCCACAAAGACAUAUAGAAAUCAGAAAAAAUAGCACAGAUAAAGAUGGUAUUUUUAAAUUACAAAACUUGUCUCAUAAAACUCCUAAGAAGCAUGGAUUACAGUUUUCUCAGGAAAAUAAAGAAAAGAUAAAUCAUGAAAGAAUAAUCAGUGAAGAUCAAGAAAAUGCACCUGAAAACAGAGAAAUAAGCCAGGAAGAUAUUGAAGAAGUUUGGAGAUACAUUAUUAUGAUCUACCUGCGAACCAUUUUAGGUGUGCCAUCAAUAGAGGAACUCAUAAACCCAAACCAAAUAAUUCCUCAAUAUAUAAUGUACAACAUGGCCAAUGCAAGUAAGCAUGGUGUGGUUAUAUUACAAGACAAAUCAGAGGAUCUUCCACACUGGGUAUUGUCUGCUAUGAAGUGCCUAGCAAACUGGCCAAGAAGUAAUGACACCAAUAAUCUAACUUAUGUUGGAUUUGAACGUGAUGUAUUCAAAACAGUUGCAGAUUAUUUUCUAGAUCUUCCUGAACCUCUUCUUACAUUUGAAUAUUAUGAAUUAUUUGUUAAUAUUUUGGUUGUUUGUGGCUACAUCAAAAUUUCAGAUAGAACAAGUGGGAUACAUAAAAUCCAGGAUGAUCCAUGGUCUUCAAAAAUCCAUCAUUUAAGCAAUUUGAAUUCCUUCAAAUCAACUGAGUGUCUACUUUUCAGCCUGCUUUACAAAGACAAAAGCAGUGAAGAAUUGGAUUCUACUGAGAGACUACAAAGAAGUGAUCAAAGAUUUCAAGAAAGAUGUGCCAAGAAAAUGCAGCUAGUUAAUUUAAGAAACAGAAGAGCUAGUGCUAAUGACAUAAUGGGAGGAAGCUGUCAUAAUUUAAUAAGCUUAAGUAAUAUGAAUGCCCUGUCCUCUAACAUCAAACCAAGGUGCUCCUCUUUGGAAGGAAUUAUAGAUAUGCCAAGUAAAAAGAAGUCCAGUAUCUUCUACCAGUCUGUUCUGAACAUAGAAGAACAAAAUAGUAAGCAAUCUUUAGUGUCAAUGCCCAAACAUAAAUCCCUAUUUAAUCUUUACUCAGAGGAAAAUAUUCAGCAGCCACACUGUACUGGAACCUCUCCUUUGACUGUUCAAGAUCAAGAAGAAUUAUGUAAUGGAAAAUACAACUCAAAACAGCUUUGUAGAUCUCAGAGUUUGCUUUUAAAAAGUAGUACAAGAAAGAAUAGUAAUAUUAAUAAACCAGUGGCUGAAAUUAUAAUAAAACCAAAUGUUGGACAAGGCAGUACAAGUGUGCAAAGUGAGCUCAGAGAGUCUAGAACCACAAUCAAUAAAAGACUGUGCAAAAGUACAAUAGAACUUUCAGAAAAUUCUUUAUCUCCAGCUGCUUCUGUUUUGACUGGCACACAAAGUUUGCUGCAACCUCAUUUAGAGAGAGUUGCCAUCAGUGCUCUUCAGUUAUGUUGUUUGUUACUUCCCCCACCAAAUCGUAGAAAGCUUCAACUCUUAAUGCGCAUGAUUUCUCGAAUUAGUCAAAAUGUUGAUAUGCCCAAACUUCAUGAAGAAAUAGGUACAAGAUCAUUGAUGAUACAUACUUUUUCUCGAUGUGUGCUGUGUUGUACAGAAGAAGUGGAUCUUGAUGAGCUUCUGGCUUCAAGACUGGUUUCUUUUCUAAUGGAUCAUCAUCAGGAAAUUCUUCAAGUACCCACUUAUUUACAGAGUGCGGUGGAGAAACAUCUUGACUACAUUAGAAAGGGCCAUGUUAAAAAUCAUGGAGAUGGACUAGUUGUUCCUUUGCCAACAUAUUCUUACUGUAAGCAGAUUAGUACUAAAGAAUUUGAUGAACAGAAAAUUUCAACUUCUCAAGCUGCAAUUACAGAACUUUUAGAGAAUAUUAUUAGAAGUAAAAGUUUGCCUCUAAAGGAGAAAAGAAGAAAGCUGAGACAGUUUCAGAAGGAAUACCCCUUGAUAUAUCAGAAAAGAUUUCCAACCGCUGAGAGUGAAGCAGCACUUUUUGAUGACAAACCUACAAUCAAGCAACCAAUACUGAAUUUCAGAAACCCAAAGCUUCACAGUCUGCGAUACUAACUUAAAAACUUGAGCAAUUAUUUGUAAUAGCCAGAACCUAGAAAUAACCCAGAUGUCCAUCAACAGAGGAAUGGAUACAGAAAUUGUGGUAUUUUUCCACAAUGGAAUGCUGUAGUAACUCAGCAAUCAAAAACGAGGAAAUCUUGAAAUUUGCAGGCAAAUGGUGGGAUCUAGAAAAGAUCAUUCUGAGUGAGCUAUCCCAGAAAGAGAAAGACACACAUGGUAUAUAUUCACUCAUAUAGUCCUAUAAGAUAUGAUAAAUAUAAUGUAAUCUAUACACCUAAAGAAGAUAAACAAGAAAGAGGACCCAGGGUAAGAUGAUCAAUCCUCACUUAGAAAGACAAAUGGGAGGUGCAUUGGACAUAGAAGAAAACAAGUAACAGGACAGGAGCCUACUGCAGAGGGCCCCUGAGAGACUGUACCUAGCAGUGUAUCAAAGCAGAUACUAAGACUCAUAACCAAACCUUAGGCAGAGUGCAGGGAAACAUAUGAAAGAAAGGGGAGUUUGUAUGAUGUGGAAAGGAUAGGAGCUCCACAAGGACCAAAUAUAUCUGGGCACAGGGGUCUUUUCUGAGACUGACACUCAACCAAGGACCAUGUGUGGAUAUAACCUAGAACCUCUGCAUGGAUGAAGCCCAUGGUAGCUCAGUAACCAACUGGUUUCCCAUAGUAAGGGACUAUUUCUGACAGGAAUUCAAUGGCAGGCUCUUUGACCUCCCCACCCCCAAGGGAGAAGCAGUCCUGCUAGGCCACAGAGAAGGACUUUGUAGAUACCUGAUCAGGAUCAAAUGAAAGGGGAGGAGGUCCUCCCCAAUCAGUGGACUUGGAAAGGGGCAGGGAGGGAGGGAGGGUUUGGGAGGGAAUGAGGGAGCAGAUACAGCUGGGAUAUAGAGUUAAUAAAAUGUAACUAAUAAUAAAAAAGUAAAAUUUAAAAAAAAAAAACUUGAGCAAAUGAAGCAAGACAUGAGAACAUUUCUACUUAAAAGGAAGUCUGUUAAGAUUAUAGUUCCCCCUAAAACAACCUUAUAAAAGGAGAUGAGAAAAUAGUCUUUUUAUCUGUGUGAGGCUGCUAAAGCUACUGGAUCUCAGCUAAGAAUACCUAACAAAAGACCAUACCAAAUAUUUUAAUAAAAAACAAUAUUUUUAAUAUAAUGAUCUAGUAAGGCUAUCAAUAUCAUCCAGAUAAAGUUGUGGUGCUUUUUUUUUUUUAAGGAAGAAAACAUGCCUUUAUCUUCAUGGAUAUUAGCUAAAGAACUGGUUGUUUAGGAUUGCUUCUUUAUUUUUAAUUAUCAGAACGUGAAGGAUAUUGUACUCUUUUAUAUAAUCUCUUUAUACUUAUGAUUUAUUUAAAAAUGUAUAAACACAGUCUUUGUGGCUUGGCUUUUGUUUGUUGGGGAUGAAGAGGGUUAGUUUUUGAGAUAAAGUCUCACUGUGUACCCCAUUCUGACCUCAGACUCAUAUUCCUCUUGCCUUAUACUCCUGAGUGGUUUGAAUCCAUGUCUAUUUUGGCUGUAUUUGCUUUUUCUGGACAUAAGAAUGAAAGCCAAAUUUCUGGGUGUAAAGUAG